UUUAUUUUAAACCUAACCUUAAGCCUAGCCCCAACUUUAAAUUAAGACCAAAAAUAUCAAUUUUGUUUUCAUUAAUUUGUACAAUAUAGCCAAUUCUGACUUUGUAGCUGUGGUAGCUAGUGGAAAGCCCAAGUGGUCCCCAGUCGCUAUUCAUUGACGUCGCGGUAUUAUGUACUGUAUUUUCCUGCUUUCUUUUUUUCUUGUAGCUAGCCUGCUAGCUAGUUGACAACAAUGGGCGAUAGUGAGCAGGUAGAGUGGACGUUUAUGAAAUUAUACCUUAACGAUAUUGGAAACACUCUUUCAGAUAAAUCUGGAACACGGAUGUCGAAAAGAAAACCGGCUGCCUAUCAUGAAGAACAACAGAUAGGGGUGACACCCACUCAAAGGUCUGAGAGGCAGCUGAGAACUCCCCAAAGAAACUCCAGCUGGCAAAGUCCCAGGACACAUUCUAAACACCUGACAGAAGAAGAGAGGGGCUUUUCUCCUGUGUCUGGGUCUGGGGAGGAGAGCGACAAGGAGGCCUCCCCACCAAAAAGGAGGACCACAAUAAGCAGCUCCAAAAAGACAAGAACCAAGUCUCACACAAAUGAUUAUGAUGACUGUUCUGGGACAGAAUCUGGCGAGCAGCCAGAGAAGAGCACACAAAGAAAAAAAGGGCACAGCAACUCAAAAAAGAAUAAGACUAAUACUCACUGUAAGGAGGAGGAUAAUGACAACUUGUCAGACAGACCAACUGUGGUGGCUUCCCCCAGAAAAAGGAGCAGGCAAUGUAGUGACUUCAAUGUAUUUGAAGCAGAGGCCGAACCAUAUAAUACUGUGUCUGAGCCUGAGGUGGAGGUAGUUGUGGAGGGGGAGACUGAAGUGGCGUCUGCUUCGAAGAGGUGGAAACAGUACAACCCCCCCAAAAUAACUAAGCCUCAUGCCGAGGACAAAGCUGAGAGUGAACAUUAUGAGUUGGUAGAACAGGCUGAAGAGACUCCCAUUAGAAAAAAACAAAGCAAGUCUAAAAAGGUAAGAACGAGGACUCCCUCUGAAGACGUGGGGGAAGAUGAAAGCGACCACUUUGAGACGGAAGGACAUGCUGCAGCUGAAGACACUACCCUCAGAAAAACCCAGAGGAGGUCGAUGAAAUCUAGAAAGAAGAGAUCCAAGAGUCCUUCGAAGAAGGCCAGAGAUGCAGAGAGUGAUGGUGAAUCAGGCAAACAUGUUUCCAAGACUCUGCCUAAGGACUUACAUGAAGAAGAGAGUGACCAAGAUGCUGAGACUCAGUCUAAGAACGUCAGUGAGGAGAGUGACCGAGACUUCCAGACGGAGCCUAAAGGCUUAGGUGAAGAGGAGUGGCACCGCUCUGACCAUGCAGAGGACGAGACAGAACAGGAGGUGUUACCUGCAAAGAGAGAAAGAGGACCCAAGAGCACGAAGACCGUGAAGUCAGAUUCCAACUCUGACUCUGAAAAUGUCACUGUUAAAAACAAAGGCAAAAAGCAAUGUGCCACGGGUUUGAAUGCACCAAGACUAAGAUUUAGACCACCUAUAGAGAAAAAGAAAAGGGUAAAAAUACUUCAUAUUUGCAGUUUCUGUGAAAAGGUCCUGCCAAACAGGGAUGCUCUGAGUAGGCACCUUCAGCGUCACACAGGGGAGAAGCCUUACCACUGUGAAGAGUGUGGCAAAGACUACGGCAGCAAGAACACCCUGAAGAUUCACAACAUGCAGGUUCACCACAAGGGGACAAAGGACUUCAUAUGCAAUGAUUGUGGUCAACAGUUUACCCACUUCACCUACCUCAAACGCCACCUGUACUCCCACACGGACAAGGAAAAGAGGCCACACCUGUGCAAUGUGUGUGGGAAGCAUUUCAUCCAGAAGUCUCACUUGGACCGUCACAAGAUGAUUCACACCGGAGAGAAACCGUUCAGCUGCGAACACUGCGCCAUGGCCUUCAAUCGGCCGGACUCCCUGCGGAUGCAUCUGAAGCUACACGUGUCGGGUAGUGAGGGGCCAAAUCCGGCGGAGCAAGAGAAGACGAAGUGCACGGCGUGUAAGAAGAGCUUUGUCAACCCAAAUUAUCUCAAAGUCCACAUGAGAAUACACACUGGGGAGAGGCCAUACAAGUGUGAGGACUGUGCCAAGAGCUUCACCCAGAUCAGUAUUCUCAACGCGCACCGACGCACACACACUGGAGAGAAGCCACACGAGUGCAAGGCGUGCGGCAGCUGCUUCACCCGUCGCAAGUACCUGGAUGAUCACAUAGGCAGAAAGCAUGGUUCCUUAGAGCAAACGAAUGAACAGGAGGAUGAACAAUGAUAACUGCGUUUUUAGGUGUUGUGACUUAAUGUGUGUAACACGUAAUAUAAAUAUUGAAGAUCAGGCAAGGCUGGACUGUUGCCUAGUAGUUUCUCUUGUGAUGUUGCAGGAUGUUUUUUCCUGUCAUGCCAUGAUAAAAUACUGUUUUGGCUUUAUAGUGGUGCCCAUUCUGAAAAUGGAUAUGUAGCCUUCAAGAUCAUUCCUUUGAAUCUAAACUAAACUUUGAUGGUCCACACAAUUUACUGUAAUGCUUUCAACUUUAAUGGUACACAUCAUUUACUGUAAUGCUUUAUUGGUUUGUCAAAGUAUGUGGACGCCUGCUCGUCGAACACCUCAUUCCAAAAUCCUUGGCAUUAAUAUGGAGUUGGUCCCCCCUUUGCUGCUGUAACAGCCUCCACUCUUUUGGGAAGGCUUUCCACUAGAUGUUGGAACAUUGCUGCGGGGACUUGCUUCCAUUCAGCCACAAGAGCGUUAGUGAGGUUGGGCGCUGGUGUUGGGCGAUUAGGUCUGGCUCACAGUCGUCGUUCCAAUUCAUCCCAAAGGUGUUUGAUGGGGUUGAGGUCAGGGCUCUGUGCAGGCCAGUCAAGUUCUUCCACACCGAUCUCGACAAACCAUUUCUGUAUGCAUCUCGCUUUUUGCACAGGGUAUUGUCAUGCUGAAACAGGAAAGGGCCUUUCCCAAACUGUUGCCACAAAGUUGGAAGCACAGAAUCGUUGGAAGGACAGUUAUUGACAGACAAUUUUUACACGCUAGGCACUUCAGCAAUCAGCGGUCCCCUUCUGUAAGUUUGUGUGACCUACCACUUCGCGGCUGAGCCGUUGUUGCCCCUAGACGUUUCCACUUCACAAUAACAGCACUUACAGUUCUAGCAGGGUGGAAAUUUGACAAACUUACUUGUUGGAAAGGUGGAGUCCUAUGAAAGUCACUGAGCUCUUCAGUACUGGCCAUUCUACUGCCAAUUACAUGGCUGUGUGCUCGAUUUGAAACACCUGUCGGCAAUGGGUGUGGCUAAAAUGGCCGAAUCCACUAAUUUGAAGGGGUGUCCACAUAAUAACAUGACAUACACUAUCAACAAUGUACAGUAAGAUCUAUUAGGUUACAAUUGGGGGGGAGGGGAGACUUUCAGUGUUGUUUAUUUGCGUCAUACAAUGACAAAUUAACAAUCAAACUGGAGAAUAAAUUCCAACAGAAGUAACAUGACUUUAUUCAUAUUUUCACUGAUUAGUAACUGGGCUGAUACUCGACCAGAUUUUUGUAGUGUUUUUAAACCAUCAAGCUUUAUGCUUACACACUAUCAUUUAUUUGUUCUCCAUGUUGAAUCAAUCGUUUUUUAUCAUUUUGGAUUGAUUGAUUGGUGGUUUUUCUUCUUUUGGACUGAAAAAUAUAUCUUUAUUUUCUCCUUGACAUUACUGAUAUUUUAUUAUUUUUAGUUUUUUAAUUUCACCUUUAUUUAACCAGGUAGGCCAGUUGAGAACAAGUUCUCAUUUACAACUGCGACCUGGUCAAGAUAAAGCAAAGCGGUGCGACAAAAACAACAACACAGAGUUACACAUGGGAUAAACAAACAUACAGUCAAUAACACAAUAGAAAAAAAAUAUAUAUAGUGUGUGCAAAUUAGGUAAGAUUAGGGAGGUAAGGCAAUAAAUAGGCCGUAUUGGCGAAGUAAUUACAAUUUAGCAAUUUAACACUGGAGUUAUAGAUGUGCAGGUAGAAAUGAAUUGGACAUAAGAAAUAGAAUCUUCAUACUUUUCUCUCUUUCAACAGUAACUCUGGGAGGUUAAACAUUGGAGAGUGGUAAUUGAGUCAUGCAUAAUGUCAAGAUAUUAAAAAAAAGUAGAAUCUAAUGUCUCUGCAUGUAGAUGUUACACAGUCAUUGUACCUGCCUAAUAUGCAUAAUAUUGCGUGAAAUAAUCCCGUAACAAUGAAUAGAGUACAUUCCCAAUACAAAUAAGGCUCGUAUAUGUUGACUUUCAUGUAUAAGGCAUGUGCUUUAACUCCGUUAUAGUGUAUUUACCAGACACUCAUGUUUAUCUGGUGGGGUGCGGAUCGUGCUGUGCAAUACUGUUUGCUGAUAGAAAAUCAGCCGUGAUUACCACAUCCUGUUCUACGAUACAUAAACCCUAUAAAGGUUCUCGCUGUUAUGUUAUUUGUUGGUUCGACCCUUAAAAUACUUCACAUAUAGACAGACCAUCUGUCAUGUUGACAGGUUUUGUUAAGAGGAUCCGUGGAAAUAAAUAGCGUCAUUUGGAAA